AUGCACAGUAGUGUGCACUACUUGUUUGGGCAGCUUAGCAUGAUGCGUAAAGUGUCAUUGCGCCGAGUAAAUAGACCUCCAGUAUUAAGGGAGUGCUAUGGAAGCGGAAUAUAGGAUGAUUCAGUCAUUGCAGUUGGGUUUUCUCCGUCGCUAUUUUUAGACGAUGAGUGAUGGAAUUUUUAUUAAAUGUGCCGAUAUAAGCAAGCUGCGACAAGCCUCCUCAGUAAACCGUGAAACGACCAUUGAACUAAGAGCAUCACAUUGACAAAGUAGUCCUCGUCCAUUCCAUUAUUUAUUUAUUUAUUUAUUUAUUAUUUCUGUACAUUCUAACGUUUUUGCAAAGAUGUCUUCAUCAAGCAAUGUCUGCACAAGUUCCGUCCAUUAUGCGUUUGUUUUCCUCGCGGCCAUGACAGUAGUGACGUCACUGCCAGUCGUCAAGUCACCUGACGAUCAAGUUGCACGUGCGCUCGGAUCGACAGCGACCAGCUUAAAACUCGUCAUGCAGCAGACCGAAGACACAUUCGAAGUAUUUAAGAAAACACACACUUUCUUCAUUCCUCAACAUGACGAGGACAUGAACACACACGAGAAAUACGCCAACGUUUUGAUCGAAGAGGGCAUACAUGACCAGUACUUGCCAAAUCUCUUCCAAUUCGACAUCCACACUGGCCGCUCGUCACAAGAAAACAUUCAGGUGCUUUACCAAACGCUGGACACCUUCGCCACGGAAUAUCGUGUAGCCGUAGCAAAGAUCCGCCUGGUUGAGUGCGACCAGUUGAACAUUUCCGAAGAUGCCUGUCCGCUUCAAUGCAACACCGAGGACCAGAAGCACGGCAUGCUGUGCAAAUUAGACAACCUUCAUCAGAAGACGCGGGAAUUUGGCCAAAACGUUGAAAAAAUGAUGCUAGAGCUUAGUAUUACCAAACAGGGAACAAACGUCUCUAUUGAACUCAACGUCCCAAAGAUUUUUCACUUGGAAUACUACCUACGUGUGGUUUACCAACUCAAGACCCAGACAGUUCAUUUACACGAGGCCAUGGGUGUCGUGCAGCAAUUAUGAACUUGACUCUAAUCACGACCCACCACAGAUCUGCUGCCCCUCUGUCGCGGCAAGGGUGGAAUUCGACCGGCUUUGUUAACAUAUCACUACGCUCAGUAGUUUCGCAAUGCAUUGUGAGGUAUAGUGGUGGUGCCCAACAAGAGGAUCCGUCCGCCAUUUUUGAAUCAACAUGUCAAAAGCCAGAUAUUUCUCAAAGGAGGUGGCUUAUAUCGAACUUCAUCGCCCAAAUUGACAUUGCUUUGCUUUGAAUAAUCAGUUUUUGUGUGUGUCGAAAGAUCCAAGUUUCAUCUAAUCCGAUAUUUGAUAAAUAUGUAGUGUGGUGCAUUUUAACUGCAUAGCUGGUAACAUCUGGUGAUAAAACGUGGUCUGGUAGUGGGAUAUCGGCAUGAGCAGUGCUGCCAUCUAUAUGAUAAUUGAUGAAGUCUAGACUUUAUUAACUCUUAGUAUCAUCAAAAUGUAUCAACAGAUAUGCAUACGCCACUCACACCUUUUCACUACCACAGUACACAUUUAUUCGCAUUUAAGUGGUAAAUGGUCUGUAUUAAAUACAACAGGGUAGUUAACUAUUUGUGGUCAUCGAAGGGGGGGGGCAAUAAUAAUAAUCUCACCAAAGACGGGGCAGAACACAACUUUUCGUCCCAUAUCUGCUUAAAAAGACUUUUUUUGGGUGUCGUCUGGGGGUGGGGGAGGUUUGGAUAAGAAUGAACGCGAUGCCCAGAUGAAAUCAUCCCAAAGAAACCAGGGGUUAAUGUUUGCUUCUCCGGCCCAGCACACAAAGCGAAAAUGUCUCUCGUUUUCGCACCCCCCCCCCCCCCCGAAACGUACACGUGAACGCCUUUAUCCCACUGUUCGACCCCGUUUUUAGGAGGACAAACAAUGGGAUAUUGGCGUUUAUGUUGGUGUUUCGAAGAUUUACGAAAAUUCUCUACUAACCCCUGACUUCCUCAGUAUGGGUUGAAAUAGGUCGGCGGGACUUCCUUGCUGCCAUCUGGAAAUUUUAUUGUAAAUUUUCUUAAGUUGACUAAAAAUUCUCUCGACGACAUAAUAGUUCUUUCGUGUAUCUCAUACGCCAAAAACAGCUUGUAUAAUCAGCCAUAUCAAAGUUCUGUGAUAGAUGUAAAUUAUGUAAAACAACCAUUUAAGUUGCGUAGAAAUGGCCGGUACACCUGGUCGCUUUACGUUACGAAGAAGACUGGUUUAAACCAUGUAUGUACAUUAUUGUGCAGUAUUAAUUUAAGAGUUCUGCCUAUAGUGGAUCCCUGAAGUAGUCACUAGGUGAUAUUAACUUAGGUUUGUGCAUGUAAUAACUUAUUACUUGCAGAAAUGUGAAUAUUCGUUAACUCUUGUAAAUGACGUAAAUUAUUUUUUCUCACCGUAUAAUACAAUGUCAAUAACCAUUAAUUUAAGCAUCUUCAUUCCAAGUACGCAUUCUUGUAUUAUUUAUUCAAGAUAUUGUCUUAGUUAGUUACUGGUAGUUU